AUGCACACGAAGAAAUCGUCAGAAGAUGUUGAGGAUCGGAGGGCACAGCUUUGCAUCAGCCUCAGAACAUUGUCCGUGGCAAGCAAAACUCUUGGCACAGCGCGCGGUAAUCUGGAGGAAGCUAAUAAUUUGCUGUCAGGGGAAAAUGGUUGUGGGUGCCUUAAAAAUAUCACACAGAAGUUACGGAUGAGACAACAAUAUAUGGUGACACAAGUUGCUUGGGUAUAUCCUGUGAGGCCUUUGGAUGAAAAAUCUCCGGAUCACAAGACUGGAUAUACCCCCAGCAUCAUCAAAACAAGCAAUGCUGAAUCAAUAUUGCCAGAUGGCUCUCAAAAAAGACCUCUGGCCAUAUUGGGUCUACAGUUACCAAAGCCUACUGCCAAAAAGACUGGCUACUUCGGGGACAGGACUGAUUUUCAGAAACCUUCUACUGUUCUGGGAUAUGUUGCACAUGCAGUCUCCCUCAUUGCAUCAUACCUCAAUGUUCCUCUUCGAUAUCCUCUGCGUUUUGGAGGUUCACGGUCAUAUAUUCUUGAUCAUUCGCCUUUAGUUGAGCCAUCAUCUAUGACCUCAGUUGUGAGUUCUGUCUCACCGAGCACAAGCAUGAGAACAAUGGAAUUCCCUCUGUUUUUCGAUGGCCAGGAGACUACAAGAUCAGCAUAUGCAAUAUUUUUGUUGAACAAGGAUAUCGAACAACUCCUGAACUACAUUGGCGCAGAAAGCCUUGGGCCAAGACACGUAUUAGCUAACCUGAAGCAGCUGACAACGAUCAUCCAGUCACAACAGUAUAUCUCUACUGAUUAGUUUGACCCAGAUACAGUUUUGGAGUUCUUAGUGUGUUCAGUCCGGACGCAGUUGGUGCUACUUUUUAACUAGCACCUUUUUCUUCUUGACCCCCCCACCAUUUGACACACAAGAGUCAGUAUGUUUCUGUGCUGAUGCGUUCACUGUAAAUGAGGAAUUCAUUAAAGUAGUUGGUGUAAAACGUUGUCACUUCCAGUUGUACAGGAAGGAUAUGGAUGAUAAACAAGAUACUGUACUACGGAGGAAGAAGAGAGGUGUUCAUGCCCCCCUGGUUUCCUUGUAUAUGUUUGACUGACGCAAGAGCGAGCAAUCUUUCUUGUACCUCGCACUGCAUUUCAGCAAAAUGAUGAGCUGAUUUGUUCAA